AUGACUGAUAUAACUGAAUUCGAAAAUAACUUUGAUGACCUCUUGCAAAAACCGGCAAGCAAUAAUAUAUCCGAGACCUUGAGCAAUGUAGACGUGUCUAAUCCAUUUCAUGACGCAGUCUCACUUUUGAUUGCGCCAAUAAGUCCUUUAACUGAUGUUAAUGGCAAUGGUACACACGAUUUAUAUAUCGAGCCUCCUCUGAACGAUCUAUUAAAGGAUAGCCUGAGCUCCUCCGAACCGGAAGUACAAAGUAUGGAGAUCAAGUUUGAUGAGGAAAGGGAUUACGAAGAAGUUGAUGUAUCAUCCUUUAAGGGGAUAGAUGCUACUUCAAUUUCGUCAGAGGGUCACGUUCAUGAAAUUAGCAAUAGUGACGAGUCUUUUGACGAAGAAAGUAUUAUAGGAAAAGAAUCGCACGUACAGUCGAGAGUAGCAAGCUUCAGUUUGAAUUCAAGUCAGACAAAUUUUCAUGGGACUGGAGAGUUUAUUCCGGUAUUCGAAAUUACAGUUGAAGAUCCGCAAAAAAUUGGCGAUCCCAUCAAUGCGUAUAUUAUAUAUAAAGUCCGAACUAGGACUACAUCCACUGCAUUUAAAGAUAAAGAAUUCACAGUUUUAAGGCGAUAUCGUGAUUUUCUAUGGUUAUAUAAUCAAUUAACGCUCAAUAAUCCGGGUGUCAUAGUUCCCCCUGUACCAGGAAAACAUGUUAUUGGUCGAUUUCAGGAUGAAUUCGUAGAAAACCGUCGCCAAGCACUUGAAAAAUGUUUGAAUAAGAUCACAUCUCAUCCGUUGCUACGCAGCGAUCCAAAUUUAAAGUUAUUUUUAGAGUCGGAUACUUUUGCUACUGAUGUCAAACGUAAAAGUCAAGAUGAAUCAAAAGGUGUAUUGAAAUCAUUAGGUGAAGCAGUGUCAAACGCUACCACAUUCAGCAAAUUUGUAGAAACAGAUGAAUGGUUUGAGAAUCGAAAAAAUCAGUUGGACAUACUGGAUUUUCAAUUGAAGGCGUUACUUAAAUCAGUUGAAGCCGUUGUUAAACAACGCAAAGACUUGGGAAGUAUGGUUGUGGAUUUUGGGGACGGCAUUUUGUCUCUGGCAAACACCGAAAUCAAUAAGCCGCUAGCAAACAAUCUAAUGACAUUAGGAAACUUGCAACGAAAUAUUAAGGAAUUACAUGAAAAACAGGCACAACAGGAUGUUAUUAAUUUGGAACACACGAUAGACGAGUACAUCCGCUUGGUUGGGUCGAUUAAGGUUGUAUUCAACUCUCGUUCUAAGAUUUAUCAGACAUGGCAGAAUGCUGUAUACGAUUUACAAAAGAAAAAGGCGAACUAUGAAAGACUGAAAAGUCAAGGGAAGAUGAGCCAAGACAAACUAUCGAUCAUGCUGACGCAAAUUGCUGAGUCUGAACAUCGUGUGGAAGAUUGUAAGCACGAAUUUGAAGAUGUCUCUAAACUUAUUAAGGCUGAAUUGGAUCGAUUUGACAAAGAGAAGGUAGAAGAUUUUAAGAAUAGCGUUGAAGCUUUUUUGGAAUCAAUGGUGCAAACACAAAAAGAGAUUAUUAAUUUAUGGGAGUCUUACUCCGCGCAAGUAGAAUUACUACAGAAUACAAUUUCGGAAGAUUACUCUCCAAACGGUUCCCCAAAUGGUCCGGUGUCCCCAGUACAUUCUCCCGCACACACGCCGUCACCGCCUGCAACGUCUCCAGGUCAAACUUCACCGUCUCUUGGUUAUCUUGCUCCUCAUGGUGUACCGACGAUUUACGGUGGCAACAUGCACCUGUUUCCAUUUCAAUCGAAAUUACCGUCAAUGGGACACGCAUUUGGGGAACCGUUUGGCUGA